AUGCAAAUUCACUUAAUCGCGUUAUCACUUUUAAUAUUCUUAUCAAGUCGAGUUUUUGGUAAAUUUAAUUUUAUUAUUUUUCUGACUGACGACCAAGAUUUGAUACUGAACUCUCUUGAACCAUUAAAAAACAUUGAAAAGUUUGUCACUUCCAAAGGAGUUAUCUUUAAAAAUGCUUUUACGACAUCUCCUAUAUGCUGUCCUAGUCGAUCAGCAAUUUUAACCGGUCUAUAUGCACACAAUACUAGAACAUUUAAUAAUUCUGUAGAAGGAGGAUGUUAUUCAAAUGAGUGGAUUGAGAAACAUGAAAGGAGAACUUUUCCAGCAAUAUUACAUGAAAAUGGAUAUAAGACAUUUUAUGCUGGAAAAUAUUUGAACGAUUAUUAUUCUAAAAAUAUUCCUUAUGGCUAUGAUGACUUUUAUGGUUUACAUGGAAACAGUAAAUAUUAUAACUACACAUUGACAGAGAACGGAAAGGUUUUCAAGUAUGGAGAUAUGCCUGAGGACUAUCUUACAAAUGUGAUAAAGAAUCAAGCCAAAGAUUUUAUUACUAAUCAAUCAAAAGAUGAGCCAUUCUUAGCAAUCAUCUCAACACCAUCAUGUCAUGCACCGUUCACACCAGAAGAAAAGUAUAAAGAUGCUUUAUCAAAUUAUACAGUGCCGCGAAGUGAUAAUUUUAAUGUGGGCGCAAAAGCCACAGAAAAACAUUGGCUUUUGACAAUGAAACCUAAAAAGCUCUCUGAAACUGUUAUCAGUAAAAUAGAGCAUUACUAUCGCUCACGUUUACAAACAUUAUUAUCGGUCGAUGACAUGGUUGGAGACAUAAUUAAUCAAUUAGAAAAGCAAAGUUUAAUUGACAAUACUUACAUAAUUUUUACAUCAGAUAACGGAUACCAUUUGGGUAAUUGGGCAAUGCCAUGGGACAAAAGGCUACCUUAUGAAACAGAUAUUAAGAUUCCAUUGAUAAUUCGUGGUCCAAAUGUUCCACAGAAACAUGUUGUUGACUUUCCUGUUGCUUUGAUUGAUUUAGCACCGACAGUGUUGUCUCUGGCUGGAAUAUCCUACAACUUGUCACAAUUUGAUGGCGAACCUUUUGAUAAAUUAAUUGACAUUAAUAAUUUUGAUUCUGAACGGAUGUUUGAGAGACAAAUUCUCAUCGAACAUUAUGGUGAAGGAACUAGAGACACAUUCAAUCCUGAAUGUCCUUAUAGAAAGAGUCAAAGAUUAUUUGGUUGCUCAAUUGAUGCAGAUUGCAAAUGUCAGGAUUCAUGGAAUAAUACUUAUGCAUGUGUUCGACAUCUAGCAUCCGAUAUUGAUUUUAUUUAUUGUACAUUUAAUGACCACGUGAGCUUUAAUGAGGCAUAUUACUUAACAGCUGAUCCUUAUCAAAUGAACAAUGUAGCAUAUGAUCUUUUGCCAUCAGUGCAAGCCUUAUAUCAAUUGACAGCCGAAGAUUUGAAAAAUUGUCAAGGAGAUUCUUGUAGAGUCAUUAGACCCAUCUAUCCAUUCUAA